GUCACUGCCAAAGCCAAAGCGCCAAUCAUUGCUCAUCUCUGGUUCAUUGCCGUGCUGGCUCACUUAGGGUUAAUGUACUUAACCAACCAUGGAGAUAAGCACAUUGAAUUAUGCGGCCGGCCGUCACCCAUUUCAGUUGUCCUCCACUUCAACGCCACCAACUAUAACUGCCAAACAACACCUCCUCCUCAGCCCUAACAUUCCUCCUCCUUCCUCUACUCUUUCAAACUUCUUUCUUCUUCCCGUGAGCCGCCCUUUUGCUCCAUUUUCUCGCUUCACUUACAUGUCUAAGCUCUCCUGCCAUAAAAAAUCCCAAAGGACCCCCAUUUUAGCUUCCUCUUCUUCUUCUUCUGAUUCUACUAGUAAUGAUAACCCUCUCGACCACUCCGCUUCCGAUGCUGCUGCUGGCUUCUCUUGGCUCCAUCUUUCUCGCCGCUUCUUUACAAAUUUCAAGCAACAAACCGGUAUUGAUUUUCAACAUGACGCUAUUGCCACACUGGCUCGGCUCGCUGCUCCACUUCGUCGCUCUGUCCAGUUGCCCCACUCUGCGCUGGAAAGGUUUAGGUCCCACUUACUUCCCGAUUUCGUCAACUGGAAUAAAUUGGAUCGCUGGAAGGACGUAAAGAAUUGGGAAGCCAAGAGAAUUGGUGUUCUAAUUCUUUAUGCACUUGUUAUGGUGGCUUCUUCUCGAGGAAUUUACAAGGCAAUUCAAGUACCUGUUAUUAAUCGAGAAAGAAGAGAGCUGGCUGAGGCAUAUAUGGAGGCUCUCAUUCCUGAGCCUACUCCCACAAAUGUCAGAAAGUUCAAAAAGGGUUUGUGGAGGAAGACAACUCCAAAGGGCCUAAAACUCAAAAAGUUUAUUGAAGGACCUGAUGGAACGCUUGUUCAUGAUAGUUCUUUUGUUGGGGAAGAUGCAUAUGAUGAUGAUGAUCAUCCCCGGGACAGUGUAAAAGAAAUUAUAGACCAAGAUGUGAAAUUGAGCAAAGAAGAGAAGAAGGUUUUGAAAGAAGAUUUAACAAUUUUGGGAGAAAAUCAGGAGAGUCAAGGAACUUGGCGUCAAAGGCUUCAAGCAUGGAAUGAAAUCCUUCAGAAGGAUAAGUUAGCUGAACAAUUAGAUUCAUUGAAUGCCAGAUAUGUAGUUGAGUUCGAUAUGAAAGAAGUUGAGAAUAGCCUGCGCAAAGAUGUUCUUGAAAAGGUCAAGAACAACCACGGAAACCGAGCGCUGUGGAUUUCUAAAAGAUGGUGGCGCUACCGCCCUAAACUUCCUUACAUGUAUUUUCUUCAAAAACUUGAUUCUUCUGAGGUUGCUGCUAUUGUUUUCACAGAAGACCUGAAAAGGUUGUAUGUGACAAUGAAAGAAGGGUUCCCAAUGGAGUAUAUUGUAGAUAUGCCACUUGAUCCUUAUUUGUUUGAGAUGAUAUCAAGUUCUGGUGCUGAAGUUGAUCUCCUCCAAAAGCGGCAGAUUCAUUACUUUCUUAAUGUUGUCUUUGCUUUGCUGCCUGGAAUACUGAUAUUGUGGUUCAUAAGAGAAUCUCUGAUGCUUCUUCACAUCACUUCAAGACGUUUCCUUUAUAAGAAGUACAAUCAACUCUUCGACAUGGCUUAUGCUGAAAAUUUCAUUUUGCCAGUAGGGGAAGUUGGGGAAACAAAGUCUAUGUACAAAGAAGUAGUACUGGGAGGAGAUGUCUGGGAUCUACUAGAUGAGUUGAUGAUAUACAUGGGAAAUCCCAUGCAUUAUUAUGAAAAAGAAGUGAAGUUUGUGCGGGGUGUGCUUCUCUCUGGACCUCCUGGAACAGGCAAAACACUUUUUGCCCGAACUCUUGCAAAGGAAAGUGGGUUGCCUUUUGUUUUUGCUUCUGGUGCAGAGUUUACAGACAGUGAAAAAAGUGGUGCUGCAAGAAUAAAUGAAAUGUUUUCUAUUGCUAGGAGAAAUGCUCCUGCUUUUGUUUUUGUUGAUGAGAUUGAUGCUAUUGCUGGGAGGCAUGCCCGAAAGGAUCCACGAAGAAGAGCAACAUUUGAAGCUCUUAUUGCUCAGCUUGAUGGAGAGAAAGAAAGAACAGGUGUUGACAGGUUCUCAUUGAGGCAAGCUGUCAUAUUCAUCUGUGCUACUAAUAGGCCAGAUGAAUUGGACCUAGAAUUUGUUCGGCCUGGACGUAUUGACCGUCGUUUAUAUAUUGGAUUACCUGAUGCAAAGCAACGUGUACAAAUUUUUGGUGUGCAUAGUGCUGGUAAACGACUUGCAGAGGAUGUUGAUUUUGAGAAGCUUGUAUUUCGGACUGUUGGAUAUUCAGGAGCGGAUAUUAGAAACCUAGUGAAUGAAGCUGGAAUAAUGUCGGUGAGAAAAGGGCAGACUAAGAUCUACCAGCAAGACAUUGUAGAUGUAUUGGACAAGCAACUGCUUGAGGGUAUGGGUGUGCUUCUCACGGAGGAAGAGCAGCAGAAGUGUGAACAAAAUGUGUCUUUUGAAAAGAAAAGACUUCUGGCAGUACAUGAAGCUGGACACAUAGUCUUGGCACACUUGUUCCCUCGUUUUGAUUGGCAUGCAUUUUCUCAGCUUCUACCUGGUGGCAAGGAAACUGCUAUAUCUGUGUUUUAUCCUCGAGAAGAUAUGGUUGAUCAAGGUUAUACAACCUUUGGCUACAUGAAAAUGCAAAUGGUAGUUGCUCAUGGUGGGCGAUGUGCUGAACGUAUUGUAUUUGGGGAUGAUAUUACUGAUGGUGGACAAGAUGAUCUGGAAAAGAUUACAAAGAUUGCUCGAGAAAUGGUGAUAAGCCCCGGAAAUCCUAGGUUGGGGCUUACAGCUUUGACAAGAAGACUUGGACUGGUUGAGAGACCAGAUAAUCCUGAUCGUGAGCUUAUUACAUAUAAGUGGGACGAUCCUCAUGUUAUUCCUGCUGAUAUGACAGUUGAAGUUUCUGAACUAUUUACCAGGGAGUUGGCAAGAUACAUUGAAGAAACAGAAGAAUUUGCAAUGAAGAAAUUAAUGGAGAACAGGCACAUACUAGACAUGAUUGCAAAGGAACUUCUUGAACACUCAAGGAUAACUGGAUUGGAAGUCGAGGAAAAGAUGAGAGGACAAUCGCCACGUAUGUUUGAAGAUUUUGUGAAGCCUUUCCAAAUAAAUUUGGCUGAGGAUGGACCAUUGCCUCACAAUGACCGUGCGCGUUAUCAACCGCUGGACAUCUAUCCUGCACCACUUCACAGAUGCUAGGUAGGGGUUCAUCCUCCCAAAUGUGUGAUUGGUUGGGAUUCAUAGCAUAAAUUCUUGAAUUAAGAAAAAAAAUAUUAUGGAAUUCAAGAAGGACAAAGCAAGCUCAUUCUCGUAUGUCCUGAACGUUCCUAGAGAAGAUACUCCCCUAGUCGCCCCUAAUGGCUAUCAUCUCUCUUCCAGAACAAGACUUUUGCUAAUGUCUUCAUAGCUAUAGUGGGAGCAGGUGUCCUUGGCCUACCCUACAUAUUCAAGAGAACAGGGUGGGCGAUGGGCGUCCUUAUGCUCUCCUCGGUAGCCUUCCUCACGUACCACUAUAUGAUGCUCUUAGUCCACACGCAGAGGAGACUUGAAUCCAAUCUGAAGUCUCCAAAGAUCAAAGAUAUAAUCACGACCAAUUUUGGGCAGGGACUAUUGAGCAGCCUUUGUUUAGUUGGGUUUGUGCAUUAACCUAUUCUUUACUUUCCCACUGAUGAUGAACCCCGUUUAUGAGGUGGUGGAGAGGAGAUUCUAUGAAGCCAGGUAUUGCUUGUGGAUGAGAUGGGUUACGGUUUUGGGAGUGACGGUGGUGGCUCUCCUAGUGCCAAAUUUUGCUGAUUUCUUGUCUCUAGUUGGGAGUAGUGUAUGCAUCGUUCUGGGUUUUGUUUUGCCGGCUUUGUUUCACUUGAUCGUGCACAAGGAAGAAUUGGGGUGGCAAGGUUUGGCUCUAGAAGUGGCAAUUGUAGCACUGGGUUUAGCAUUUGCGUCUGCGGAACAUGGACUUCCUUGAAAGUAGCGCAUGAUAGAAUUUUCAGUGUUUAGAAUUUUAUUAGAAUUAUUGUUAAAUAAAAUUCCACAAAAUGGUGGCUUUACUCCAGAA